CGGAGCGGGAAGCUUUUUCAACAGCAAGACGGACUCGUCAACGGUUAGCUUGCUAGCAAACAUACAAACCAAAACGUCGGAGCUCUUUUCACCAUUUUGUGUAUAUUAGGGUUUUAAGCACACAGUCUGUCUGCUUACUAGUUAUUAAAUGUAAAAAAUAUGUUAUUAGUCAGCUAACUUGUUAAGAUAGCCUAGCACUACGCUAGUCGCUAAUUAACUAGCUAGCCAACUAACAUCCACCACCAUGAGCUCAAUAAGCUACUCGACCCCUAUUAAAGAAGAGGUCUGCUGGUCGGAAAAAGAAGCUCUGGGGCUGAACAUUAUCAUGAAAGAGGAAGAGGAGGAUGAUUUCACCGUGAAAGGCGAGGAUCCGGAGAUGACUGUCACAGGGAAAGGGGAGGAAGAAGCUGUGUUAGUGGAGGAGGAAGAGGAGGGAGAGAUGACUGUCACAGUGAAAGUGGAGGAAGAAGCUGUGUUAGUGAAGGAGGGGGAGAUAACUGUCACAGGGAAAGUGGAGGAAGAAGCUGUGUUAGUGAAGGAGGAAGAGGAGAUGACUGUCACAGUGAAAGGGGAGGAAGAUGCUGUGUUAGUGAAGGAGGAGGGGGAGAUGACUGUCACAGGGAAAGGGGAGGAAGAAGCUGUGUUAGUGGAGGAGGGGGAGAUAACUGUCACAGGGAAAGUGGAGGAAGAAGCUGUGUUAGUGAAGGAGGAAGAGGAGGGAGAGAUGACUGUCACAGUGAAAGGGGAGGAAGAAGCUGUGUUAGUGAAGGGGGAGGGGGAGAUGACUGUCACAGGGAAAGGGGAGGAAGAAGCUGUGUUAUUGAAGGAGGAAGAGGAGGGGGAGAUGACUGUCACAGUGAAAGGGGAGGAAGAAGCUGUGUUAGUGAAGGAGGAGGGGGAGAUGACUGUCACAGUGACCGGGGAGGAAGAAGCUGUGUUAGUGAAGGAGGAAGAGGAGAUGACUGUCACAGUGAAAGGGGAGGAAGAAGCUGUGUUAGUGAAGGAGGAAGAGGAGGGGGAGAUGACUGUCACAGGGAAAGUGGAGGAAGAAGCUGUGUUGGUGAAGGAGGAAGAGGACGUUUUUAGAGUGAAAGAGGAGGAAGAAAAGGAAGAUAUGACUGUCACGGUGAAAGAGGGGGAGGAGGGUGAAGAGGAGGAGAAGAAGGGUGAAGAGGAGGACACUGGAGAUCUGAUUAACACCAGUGAGAGACAUGACUAUUGUGGAUCCUCUGGGGAGCCUCAACAACAUCCUGAUGCUGACGAGGCAGAGAAGAGUCUCUCCAGAUCAGAACACAAGAUGGACAACGCUAGCCCUUCCUCCCUCCCGGAGUCCCCGUGUCGUGGCUCUCCCGGUAGCACCUUACUGCUGGGUAUGAAGAGGUUGUCUGUGCUGCUGGUGGACUGCAGGAAAACAACGGGGCUGAGUGGAACUGUGAGAGGAGGAGAAGAGAAGAAAGGAUCAGAUUUGACACGUCAAAGUAAGGUACGUGAGACGGUAGCGUCCCACCUCUUCAACAGCCAGUGA